GAUUCUGUGUAGGGUCACUGUGGAAAGAGGCAGCAUGCCUCAGUUUAGGCAUACUGAAGUGUCAGUCUGUAGUGAGGCUGCUGGUGUGAAGGCGAUUCAUUUCAUUUCAAAGGCCCAGUGGCACGCAGCCCAACACAGGCGCAAGCACAGCGCGCUCCUUAGAAAUAAUGACUCCAAACAGCCUUCGCUCUGAAAUGUAGAACUGUGCCAUCUGCUUGUCUCCUCUGUGAUGUAUUCGCUUCGCAGUUUUAAAUGAUGUACUGAAAAGGAAGGAAACAUGGAGCUAUAAAAUUCAGAGGAAGUUUGAAGCUGAGGCGUUCCCUGGGAGACAGCAGAGCUUCUGGCAGCCACAGAAGGGAGCCAAGGCUCACCUGCAUGCCUGUCGCCUGUCUUAGCCUGGCAUAUUCCCGCACUUGCUCUUGCUGUGUGCUCUGCUCACAAAGGGGUGCAAAGGGGUUCGAGGACUCAGAGGACUGGCCUGGCACAAAUCAGGAGCAAGAACCCUCCUCUUUCCCUCGAGAGGGCCGCUACUGCAGAAGUCAUCUGGUGUGUGUGCAGCUUCUUCUUGUGAGAGGAUUAGAGAAUUAGAAGAGGGCUUUGUGAGAAAAAUCCUGGGAGAGGUCGCUGGGAUGAAAGCAAACAGGGAAGGACGAUUUCAGCUCUGCUAGCCCCCCCACCCCCAGUCAAGUGGCCGAGUUGCUUGGCCUCCAGCAACUAGGGAUUUUCUUCCAUCAACAUUGGAGACACUGAUAGCUGAUCAGCUUCCUUGGACUUUGCUGAUGACCCCGGAGAGUUUUGCCUGAAGAUGGAAACACUGGAGUCGGAGCUGACCUGUCCUAUUUGUCUGGAGCUUUUUGAGGACCCUCUCCUGCUUCCCUGCGCACAUAGCCUCUGCUUCAACUGUGCCCACCGAAUCCUGGUCUCUCACUGUGCCACCAACGAGCCUGUGGAGUCCAUCAACGCCUUCCAGUGCCCCACCUGCCGGCAUGUCAUCACGCUCAGCCAGCGAGGUCUAGACGGGCUCAAGCGCAACGUCACCCUCCAAAACAUCAUUGACAGAUUUCAGAAAGCAUCUGUGAGCGGGCCCAACUCUCCCAGUGAGACCCGCAGGGAACGGGCCUUUGACGCCAACACCAUGUCCUCUGCCGAGAAGGUUCUCUGCCAGUUCUGUGACCAGGAUCCUGCCCAGGAUGCUGUGAAGACUUGCGUUACUUGUGAAGUGUCCUACUGUGAUGAGUGCCUGAAAGCCACUCAUCCGAACAAGAAGCCCUUUACAGGCCAUCGUCUGAUUGAGCCAAUCCCGGACUCGCACAUCCGGGGGCUGAUGUGCCUGGAGCACGAGGAUGAGAAGGUGAAUAUGUACUGUGUGACCGAUGACCAGUUAAUCUGUGCCUUGUGUAAACUGGUUGGGCGGCACCGCGAUCAUCAGGUGGCAGCUUUGAGUGAGCGCUAUGACAAAUUGAAGCAAAACUUGGAGAGUAAUCUCACCAAUCUUAUUAAGAGAAACACAGAACUGGAGACUCUUUUGGCUAAACUCAUCCAAACUUGUCAACAUGUUGAAGUCAAUGCAUCCCGUCAAGAAGCCAAACUGACAGAAGAAUGUGAUCUUCUCAUUGAAAUCAUUCAGCAACGAAGACAAAUUAUUGGAACAAAGAUUAAAGAAGGCAAGGUGAUCAGGCUCCGCAAGUUAGCUCAGCAGAUUGCAAACUGUAAACAGUGCCUUGAGAGGUCUGCAUCGCUCAUCUCGCAAGCGGAGCACUCGCUGAAGGAAAAUGACCACGCCCGUUUUCUACAGACAGCAAAGAAUAUCACUGAGAGAGUCUCCAUGGCAACUGCAUCCUCCCAGGUCCUAAUUCCCGAAAUCAACCUCAAUGACACGUUUGACACUUUUGCCUUGGAUUUUUCCCGGGAGAAGAAACUGCUAGAAUGUCUGGAUUACCUAACAGCUCCCAACCCUCCCGCGAUUAGAGAAGAGCUCUGCACCGCUUCCUACGACACCAUCACCGUCCACUGGACCUCAGAGGACGAGUUCAGCGUGGUCUCCUACGAGCUCCAGUACACCAUAUUCACCGGACAAGCCAAUGUUGUCAACGUGGCCUGUGACGGCACCUGUCUCCUCGGCUCCGCAGGUCUGUGUAACUCGGCGGACAGCUGGAUGAUCGUGCCCAACAUCAAGCAGAACCACUACACCGUGCACGGCCUGCAAAGUGGCACCAAGUAUAUCUUCACGGUGAAGGCCAUCAACCAGGCGGGCAGCCGUAGCAGCGAGCCCGGAAAGCUGAAGACCAACAGUCAGCCGUUUAGACUGGAUCCCAAAUCGGCUCAUCGCAAGCUGAAGGUGUCCCACGACAACCUGACUGUCGAGCGCGACGAGUCGUCCUCUAAGAAGAGUCACGCGCCGGAGCGCUUCGCUGGUCAGGGGAGCUACGGAGUGGCUGGCAACGUGUUCAUCGACAGCGGCCGUCACUACUGGGAAGUGGUCACCAGCGGAAGCACAUGGUACGCCAUCGGCCUGGCGUACAGAUCGGCGCCGAAACACGAGUGGAUCGGGAAGAACGCGGCGUCCUGGGCCCUCUGCCGCUGCCACAACCACUGGGCGGUGCGACACGACGGCAAGGAGACCCCCAUCGCGCCGGCCCCUCACCUCAGGCGCGUCGGCGUCCUGCUGGACUACGACAACGGCUCCAUCGCCUUCUACGACGCUCUGAGCUCCGUCCACCUCCACACCUUCCACGCGGCGCUCGCGCAGCCCGUGUGCCCCACCUUCACCGUGUGGAACAAGUGUCUGACCAUCGUCACGGGUCUGCCCAUCCCGGACCAUCUGGACUGUACGGAGCAGCGACCUUGAGGGACCCGGCCCCACAGCGGCCCCGGGGAGGGACACAGGUGGAGGCCGCUGUUUAUGGGGUCGAGAAACUCAGGCUUCCAGAGCGUCGUGACAUCUUCCCCAAUCUGUCCAGAAAAUCACUCACAGUCAUCCCCCUGCCUCACACGGUCACUCAGGGUCAUCCCCCUGCCUCAGAAAAUCACUCACAAUCAUCCCCCUGCCUCAGAAAAUCAUUCACAGUGAUCACCCCCGCUUCAGAAAAUCACUCACAGUCAUCCUUCUGCCUCAGAAAAUCACUCACAGUCAUCCCACUGCCUCAGAAAAUCACUCAUACUCAUCCCCCAGCAUCAUAAAAUCACUCACAGUCACCCCCUGCCUCAGAAAAUCACUCACAGUCAUCCCCCUGUCUCACACGGUCACUCAGGGUCAUCCCCCUGCCUCACACGGUCACUCAGGGUCAUCCCCCUGCCUCAGAAAAUCAUUCACAGUCAUCCCCCCGCCUCAGAAAAUCACUCACAGUCAUCCCCCUGCCUCAGAAAAUCACUCACAGUCAUCCCCCUGCCUCACACGGUCACUCAGGGUCAUCCCCCUGCCUCAGAAAAUCACUCACAGUCAUCCCCCUGUCUCACACGGUCACUCAGGGUCAUCCCCCUGCUUCAGAAAAUUCUAUUCCAUACUGAGGCCAGGCUGGGCACGACCGCUUAGAAGAACCGGAUAGACGGCUAAAGCAGAAGCCGUCUUGAGCCUAAUAAGGAAGCCCGCGGGCUUCCUCACUCCGAUGUGAGUGGAGACAUUUCAGCUGUGACUGUAUCAUUGAUACCCAGAUGAAUAUUUUGAUAGCGACUUAAAACGACUUCACAUCUUAAACACGGACACCUCGGUGGAAAAUGUUUCAUUUUCCUCUGAAAAUUUGUGAGAACGUCUCGACGACGACGACGCCAGCAAGAGAAACGUUUGGAAAACAGCGCUUCUCGUCACGUUCUCGAUUCUGCCACCCCGGAAGACAUCUGGCCUCAUCUGGAGUCGAUCUCGGGCGUCUGUCCCCUCCUCGUCGCUUUCCCCUCGCAGACUCCGACCCCUGGGAGGACUCCCGGAGCGGAGGUUUUUCCCGGCGUGCUCUCUGUCGCCACCCGGUGGUGACAGAGGAGAAUGCGGCGGUCGUGACCGGCGACACGGAAAUUCUUUUUUAUAGUUUUCUUAGACUGUCAUUGACUGCUCGUCGCUGUUUGCGUAUGUGUGAACCGUAGGCACAGUUUUUUCACACGUUGCACUUGUUCUUCUGUGGCCUGACCCCCCUGGGUCGGGCCGGUGCUUGGGGGUCACCCGCCCAGGUUGGAUGUCACCACCACAAGGGAAAACAAACACAUGGGUUUUUCCCCAACAUGAUUAUUUUUUUAUGUCACUCGCCUGCUGUUUGCGUGUGGGUGAACCCCGGGCCAAACAUCCCAUGUCAGCCAUCGUUUCUGUUUUUAUCACAUCGUUGGGCUGGGGUUAGGGGUCGGGGUC